ACGGAGCGGCGAGAGCAUGGGGCUGUACGGGACGGCGGCCGCGGUGCUGGCGGGCGUAGAGAACCGCCAGGGUUCCCUCAAGGGCUUGGUGUAUUCCAGCAACUUCCAGAACGUGAAGCAGCUGUACGCGCUGGUGUGCGAGACGCAGCGCUACUCCUCCGUGCUGGACGCCGUGAUCGCCAGCGCCGGCCUCCUCCGCGCCGAGAAGAAGCUGCGGCCGCACCUGGCCAAGGUGCUAGUGUAUGAAUUGCUGCUGGGAAAGGGCUUUCGAGGGGGUGGGGGCCGAUGGAAGGCUAUGCUGAGCCGGCACCAAGCCAGGCUCAAGGCUGAGUUGGCCAGGCUCAAGGUUCAUCGAGGUGUGAGCCAGAAUGAGGACCUGUUGCAAGAAGGAUCCAGGUCUGGCCCAGCCUCCCAGGUGCCUCGGUAUGCUCGUGUGAACACUCUCAAGACCUGCCCCGAGGAUGCGAUUGAUUAUUUCAAGAGACAAGGUUUCUCCUACCAGGGUCAGGCUUCCAGCAGCCUGGAGGACUUGCGGCCUCUUAAAGGGCAGCAGUUUCUCCUGGAUCCCUUGUUGCCUGAGCUGCUCGUGUUUCCUACAGGGACACAUCUCCAUGAGCACCCACUGUACCGUGCCGGCCACCUCAUUCUGCAGGACAAGGCCAGCUGCCUCCCAGCCAUGCUGCUGGCUCCCCCACCAGGCUCUCAUGUCAUUGACGCUUGUGCCGCCCCUGGCAAUAAGACCAGUCACAUGGCCGCUCUUAUGAAGAACCAGGGGAAGAUUUUUGCCUUUGAUCUGGAUGCCAAGCGGCUGGCAGCCAUGGCCACACUGCUGGCCCGCGCUGGGGUGUCUUGCUGCGAGUUAGCUGAGAAGGACUUCCUUGCAGUCUUGCCUUCAGACCAGCGUUACAGCCAGGUCCAGUACAUCCUGCUGGAUCCUUCGUGUAGUGGUUCUGGUAUGUUGAGCCGGCAGCUGGAAGAACACGGGGCAGGUACACCUAGCAAGGCGCGCUUGAGUGCCCUGGCAGGGUUCCAGCAGCGAGCUCUGUGCCACGCACUCUCUUUCCCCUCUCUGAAGCGCCUUGUCUACUCCACAUGUUCCCUCUGCCAAGAGGAGAAUGAAGAUGUGGUCUGUGAGGCUUUGCAGCAAAGCUCAGGGGCCUUCAGGCUGGCCCCGGUCCUACCCUUCUGGCCCCACCGAGGCCUGCACACAUUUCCAGGAGCUGAACACUGCCUCCGGGCCUCCCCUGAGACCACGCUCACAGGUGGCUUCUUCAUUGCUGUGUUUGAACGGGCAGAGGUGCAAAGCUCAGCCCCCCAGACUGAAACACUGGUACCAGAAGGGACUUCUGGCCCAGCCCCAAGGAGAAAGAAGAGACGGAGAAAAGCAGCCGCCGCCGCCGAUGGCACCUGCACGCCACCACACAUGUAGCAGGUGCCGUGGUGGACAAAGAAGUGUGGGCCACGAGGAUCUGAGGCCGAACUCUGGGCCCCGAAUACUGCUGUAGGAAGUUGUCCAGGAGUCUGUCUGAAGGGGAAGGACAGAGUGGAUGUCCUGGACCUCUGGUCCCUCCUUCAUGGGGUUGCUCCACCAAUGAGAAGAGGCACCCACAUAAAUAAAAGGCAGAAUUGGGUCUA